AUGCCGAACCAGCAACCGCCAGCGGACUGGUCGCAGCUCGAUACCACGCGGCUCGACGAAGAGAUUGACCGCCGCGGCCUGGUCCAGCACGCGACAAAGGAGGGGAAGAUUCGGUCGCUAGAGCAGCAUGACGCGCACCUCCAUCACACUUAUGCCACAGGGCAUGCACCGGUUGCCGUGGGCCGCUUCAUCAUGGGCCCCUUGGGAUCGACACUCUUCGCCAUUUUGACUGUCACUUUGUUUACCUAUGCGGUUUCUAGCGCUGGUGGGUAUCUCUGGUGCGUCAUUGCGAAGGCUGGCGCCGUAUCCUACAAGGCUUCGGUUAGGUUCGCGCAAUACCGGACCUAUGUCCAGACUAGUGUGGUGUGCCUGUACACUAUAGGCUACCCUGCUAUCAAGUUCUGGUGUUGGGCUUUUCCUAGUGCAGUCCUCCCGCACAAGCUCGAAGCGGUCUUUGAAGGGGCCCGCCCGGUUCUCAACGGAGCCUACACAGUCAUCAAAGGGACGUAUCACCGCCUUUUGAACCUCAACGUCACUCCCUGGGUUGUCUUACCCAGAGAUGCUGCAACUAACGUGCCAUCUGAACCGUACGUUGAGUCACGCGGCUCACGCCUGGUACCAGAUCUCGCAGCACAGGAGUAUGCGCAAGCCGUGCCAAGUGGUCUUGAGCUACAAAUGUCCUUUAGCGUGCAGGCGGAAGUUACAAUCACCUCCCCAGCAGCCACCUCCCCAGCAGCUACCUCCCCGGCAGUCACCUCCAGCCAAGUCUGUCCAGCGCUGGGGCCGGAAAGAACAUGUUCAACGCCGAACAGCGCACGCCCCCAACAGCCGCAAGCACCGCAAGCCGAUCAGCGCUCGUCUGUCGAGGGACAGCAUGAGCAAAUACCCAGGAGUGUGUCACAGGCCGACGAGCAGUCGGGCCAUACGUCGCAGGCCGAGGUGCCACCAGAACAAGCGCUGGCCGUUGAGAAGCCACCAGUUCAAGCGUCAGACAUCGAAGAAGAGUCUUAUUGGAUUGAUAGUCCCGCAAUGCGGGGACGAAUUUCUCGUUCGAUAAAGUCUAUUCUUGCCGACCUCAAGAAGCGGCGCAAGCUAAAUCCGGCAGCUCAGCGGCCGGACUGCCAGAGCGCCAUGAUCAUGAAAGGAUCGAACGUGGUGCCGGAAAACACCGAGGCCGUUAUCGGAUACAAUGGACGUAAGGCCUUCUCGUCACAAACCAGAGAGCUUGAACACAAGUGGGGGCAGAAGUACACCGAGCUUUGGGACGCUUUUAGCGCCCUUCUAUCCGAGAUUACGGCUAGGAAAGCUUGGCCAAGCAAGAUUCAAGUCCAAGCCACGCUCGAUUGCGAGAACCUUCUAGUACGCCUUGCGAAAGAUGAGGCGGAUCUCGCCAGUGAAUACGCCUCCCUAGAUGAGGAGGCUCGCUACUGGGCGCCGCCACCGCUAGAACAAUUACCGCGCGUACUCUUAGAGAAGGGCUCUAGAAUCUAUCAUGAUGACGCCUUUGACGCAUAUAGCGCAGCCGCUAGUGUAAGCAAGAGGCCGGCCCAAGACCUUGGUUUCCUACAGCGGCAGUACAAGCAGCUCCACCACCUUCACACUCGGAUAGCUGAGAAGCUCUUUAUAUUAAUACCAAGCUUCUGGGUCACAGUGCGCGUACGUGGUAGUCUACCGACCGAAACGGACCGGGACUAUAUAACCACCGAGUCUCCGUCGAAAGGCAAGCUUAGUAUCCACACUACCAGGAAAAACCAUCAGGGCGAGACAGUUCAAGAUUCUUACAUGUACUCAGUUGACGUGGUUUUCCAGCAGUCGGCCUCAAACCAGACUGUAUCUGAAUCUCUGCUUGAGAAAAUACAAGCUUUUCAGAGGGGUAAAAGCGUCUGUAUCUUUGCGGACGGACAGACGGGUUCUGGCCCUAACUCGGUUGCCUCGUUCGUUGCGCAACAACUUGUCGGUUUAUUAGAGGCCCGUUCUGGGGGGGACGAUUACGAACGCCACGUGGAAUGCUCCUUUGUCGAAGUCUAUAAAAACGACAUUUACGAUCUACACACGGGGACAAAGGCCAAGGCGAGUCACGUAGUCGCGGCCGACCGCCGCCCUAUCUUAGCCGGACAUCCCUGGAUAACCUUCAAAGUGUUCGCUGUCACGAGUGAAGUGCACCGCCAGGCUUUGUCGCCAGACAAACUCCUAAAUGUGAUAACCAAGGCCUGCAAGAGACGCAACGUCAGGGGCGUAAAGGACUCGUCACGUAGCCACGAGAUCUGCAUCCUCACCCUACAUCAAGUGUGCCGGUACUCUAAGGAGUUGACCAAAUCGACGCUACUAUUAGUUGACCUUGCCGGCAGCGAACGCCAGCCAGAGCAAGAGGAAUGGGAGGGCCAGUCCGCAGAAGCAACAGAAAUCAAUAAGAGCCGAACCACACUCUUCAAAAUACUCGUGAAUUUAGGGACUCAGGCCGAUAAUCUCCAUCCGUGGAGAGAGAGCAAAGUGAGGAAAUCCCUAUCUUUCAAAUCUAUAGCAUGUACUAAUGGACAUUGGCAUUAG